AUGAGUUACUUCUGUACGAUACGAGUGGUGUACGAGAAUCCCAUCAUGCUCUCCUCAGACACUGAGGACAGCAGUUCACCGCCUGCUUCCAAACGACCCAAGAGCAAGAGGGGCACACUAGCCAGUUCUUCCACUGAUGUGCAGGGAGGCAGCAGCAGUAGCAGGGCGAGGGCAAGGCUGACUCGCAUGCAGAUGAGAUGUACAGAGUCGCUGGGGCCGUCGUCCACCGCAGAGACCUGA